GCCCCCUGCUCCCGCCCCGUAGCCUCUCUUCCCAGCCCGCGGAGCUCCCGGAGACCCCGACGCCUGCGUUCAAGCUCCCCCACCCCUCUUCCGGGCAGCAUGGAGCAGUACCAGGGCCUGACGGACAACGAGCUCAUUGCCAAACUCAAGAGCUACCAGAUCUCGCACGGGCCAGUCGUGGGCUCCACACGGAAGCUCUACGAGAAGAAGGUUUACGAGUUGGAACGGCAGCGCACGACGCAGGGGGGCCCGGGGGAGCCGCCAGAGCCCCUCACUACUGAGAGCUUCAUGAGAGAGUUCUACAAGUACCCCGAGGACGGGGCUCGGGCCCGAUACCCGGCAGAGGACCCGAGUCCCUCCAGGCUCUACAUCCGGGAAUCCUACAUGACACCAGACCACUCCGUACUCCCCAAUCGUGGCUAUAGGCGCGAAGAUCUGGAUACCUACCAGGGCUCCUACACAGAGGAGCCCCCUGCCCGGCUUUACAGCGACCCGCUACGGCCUGGCAAGGAGGAGCCCGGCGCCAGCAGCCCCUGGGGGGAUGCUAUUGAGAGGGACAGCACUGCCUACCAGCGCGUGGCGCCGCGCCCCUCCAUCCGACCCGGGUCCAGGGGCGGGCCGGGCGCGGGCACAGGCGUAGCGACUCCCGGCGCCCCCCGGCGCUUCCUGCCUCUGUGGCUGCAGCUGCUGGUGUUCGGGGCCGUGGCCGCUUUCCUCACUUUCGUCUACUUCGCUCUCCAGGGCGGCGCCAGCGACAACCCCUUUCCCCGCAGCCUACAGGGCUGAGGGGCCGCGGUCCACCCUGCUCCCCAACCAGAGAUUCCUAGGAACCCCCCUUCCCCACAGCCAGCCCAGCCGCCCGCAUCCAGGGGCCCCCAGGCACUGUUGCACAGACCUAGAGACUGCCCACACCCAGGCCCCAGCCUCUAACACCAGGGCCUCCAUAACUGGCCCCACCAAAACCUCUCAGGGGUUGUCCAGGCCCACACAUGCACCCAGGAACCCCUCCCUAGGACAUACUGAGGAUCCCUCCCCCCACAGCUGGAGCCCCCCAAUACCCAAGGACUUUCUCCUACACAGAUCCUGGGGAACCCUCCAAAACUUCCCAUGGACCUCCCAUGGGACCUCCUUACACCCUGAGACCUCCUCCGGGCACCCUGGGGACCACUCCCCUGUAUUUAAGGCCCCCCAUUCCCUCCUAACCCCCCCUCAAGGUGCACUCAGGGAUAGCCCCACACUGCAGAGACCCCCCCAUCCCCACUUCCAAUGGGACACCCCAACUACCAGAAUCCUGCCCAACCAGCCUGCUCCCCUGGUAGUCCAGGGACUGCCCCCAUACACAGACCUGCACCCUGGAUCCCUCAAUUUCCCCCAGCCACCCCCCCCCCAGUGCCAAUCCUGCCCCUCCACUCACUCCCAGCCCCUCCCACCCUCAGGCCCUAACAGCCACCCCCAGGUUACCCCCAGCCCUGCCCCACUCCAGCCCAGAGAACUCAGUCAUCCCGGUUCCCACCCUUGCAGGUGGGGUAAGGCAACUCCUAUCCCCCCCCAGUGGAGAAGUUGUUUGGGGGUUGCCUAGCAACAGCUGUCUUUCCAUGAAUCGGAGGUUAUUUUGUGCCAUGUGGGGCGGGAUCCAUUAUUCUGGGGGCAAAAAAAAUCCCAAUAAAAAUGUGGGUUUUUUA